CUUUCUGGCUCUUGCAGGGAGGAUGAAGAUAUCCAAGUGGAGGUGGAGCAGCAUCUCCAUCAGUGCUCAGUCGCAGCUGAAAGGCACCCUGGCCCUUCUUCUCGUGGGCAAUGUUGUCUUUGUCAUAGCUCAGGACCUGGCACAGACGUCCAACAGCCUGGAGGAGGGGUCAGAUGUCACUGCUUACUGGUGGGGAGAGUGGACCAAGUGGACAGCGUGCACCAGGACCUGUGGGGGAGGUGUCAAAUCCCAGGAGAGGCACUGCCUGAGGCAGAGAAGGAAGUCAGUGAGUGGGCUGGCUAAUAAAACUUGCACUGGAACAUCCAAGAGAUACCAGCUCUGCAAAGUCCAAGAGUGCCCUGUGAACGGAAGGAGCUUUCGAGAGGAGCAGUGCUCAUCAUUUAACUCCCAUGUGUACAAUGGCAGAACCUAUCAAUGGAAACCUUUAUAUCCUGAUGACUAUGUUCACAUUUCUAGCAAGCCCUGUGACCUUCAUUGCACCACUGUGGAUGGUCAGAGACAGCUAAUGGUUCAGGCCAGGGACGGAACAUCCUGCAAAUACACGGAUUUCCGAGGGGUUUGCGUGUCUGGAAAAUGUGAGCCCAUUGGCUGCGAUGGCAUUCUCUUUUCCACCCACACCUUGGAUAAAUGUGGAGUUUGCCAAGGAGAUGGGAGCAGCUGCACCCACGUAACCGGCAGUUACCGGAAAGGAAAUUCUCAUCUUGGCUAUUCCCUGGUAACGCACAUUCCCGCCGGAGCGAGGGAUAUCCAGAUAGUGGAACGGAAAAAGUCUGCAGAUGUUCUGGCUGUGGCUGAUGAAGCUGGGUACUAUUUCUUCAAUGGGAACUAUAAAGUGGACAGCCCAAAGAACUUCAACAUUGCAGGCACGGUGUUCAAGUACCGCCGGCCCAUGGACGUGUACGAGACCGGGAUCGAGUACAUUGUUGCCCAGGGACCCACAAAUCAAGGGCUGAACAUAAUGGUCUGGAAUCAAAAUGGCAAGAACCCAUCCAUCACAUUUGAAUACACUCUCCUGAGGAAGCCACACUCAAAGAAUCUGCAGCCCAUCUACUACACCUUCUCCGAGUCGGAGAGCGAGGAGAGCCGCGAGUUCGAUGGAGACGUGCCAUUGGGCUUUAUCCAGCACAAUGCGACCUAUUUUGGGAAAAUCUCCAGGGAAAGGGUAGACUUGGAGAACCAGGUGUUUGGAAGGCAGGACACGGAGGAAGAUUUAAACUUGAGCAAAGGUCAGGAAACCAAUGAGGUCUAUGAAAGAGCAGAAACAAUUGACUGUGAGCCAAAACUGAAGGGCAAACAACCCCAAGAUUCAAACGUAACCAGGUCUACUUACCAGACAGACCAUGACGAGAGAGAGCCCGAGGCCAGGCUCAGCUCCAGGGAGUUCCUUCUGGAGAACGCCAUCACGGACAAGCUGCUGGGCAAGACUUCGGACUCCAAGGAGCUGCUGCUCAACAUGACCAUGAACAGCAUCUUCGCCCAGGGAGACCCGACCAACUCGGUGGGGUCACCCCUUGACAGCCUCUACGUGGACUACGAGGACAGCGAUGGCCUCGUCACCUACUCGGUCAACAGCACCUUCAUGGAGCUGAGCAACGGCAAAGCCACCAACACCUCUGCAGAGACACCCUUCUCCAACGCCACCGUCACCAUGAGCAGCCCUCAAGGGAACAGAACCCACAAAGCAAGAAACAGAUUGAAGUUGUUAAGAAAGGGCCAAGGUGUGAGUGCUGCUGACAUGUACAGGUGGAAGCUUUCCUCCCAUGAACCCUGCAGCUCUACAUGCACCACAGGAGUGAUGUCCACAUAUGCCAUGUGUGUUCGCUACGAUGGGAUCGAGGUGGACGACACCUACUGCGAUGCCAUGACCCGGCCCGAGCCCAUCCACGAGUUCUGUGCUGGGAGAGAGUGCCAGCCAAGGUGGGAGACGAGCAGCUGGAGCGAGUGCUCGCGCACCUGCGGCGAGGGGUUCCAGUUCCGCAUCGUGCGCUGCUGGAAGAUGCUCUCGCCGGGCUUCGACAGCUCCGUCUACAGCGACCUCUGCGAGUCGGCCGACAUCGCCCGGCCCGACGAGCGCAAGGUCUGCAAGAACCCGGCCUGCGGGCCCCAGUGGGAGAUGUCCGAGUGGUCCGAGUGCCCGGCGCGCUGCGGGGAGCGGAGCGUGGUGACAAGGGACAUCCGCUGCUCGGAGGAGGAGAAGCUCUGCGAUGCCAGCGCCCGGCCCCUGGCCGAGAAGAACUGCACGGGCCCACCGUGUGACCGGCAGUGGACAGUGUCCGACUGGGGACCGUGCAGCGGCGGCUGCGGGCAGGGCAGGAUGAUCCGGCACGUGUACUGCAAAACCAGCGACGGGCGCGUGGUGCCCGAGGCCCAGUGCAACCUGGACACCAAGCCCCUGGCCAUCCACCCCUGCGGGGACAAGAACUGCCCCUCACACUGGCUGGCACAGGACUGGGAGCGGUGCAACACGACGUGUGGCCGGGGUGUGAAGAAGAGGAUCGUGCUCUGCCUGGAGAUUGUCAAUGGCAAGAUCAAGACCCGCAGCCCCUCUGACUGUGACGUGGCCAAGAAGCCCGUGGAGGAGAGCACGUGCUUCGAGAGGCCCUGCUUCAAGUGGUACACCACCCCCUGGUCUGAGUGCACAAAAACCUGCGGGAUCGGCGUGAGGAUGCGGGAUGUGAAGUGCUACCAGGGCAAGGACAUCGUGCGCGGCUGCGACCCGCUGGUGAAGCCGGUGGGCAAACAGACCUGUGACCUGCAGCCCUGCCCCACAGAGCCCCCAGACGACAGCUGCCAGGACCAGGCAGGAACCAACUGCGCCUUGGCCAUCAAGGUGAACCUGUGCAGCCACUGGUACUACAGCAAAGCCUGCUGCCGCUCCUGCCGCGCCCCCCACUCCUAGGGCAGGGCUGCCUGAGCCAGGGCCCCACCUUCCACCUGCCCAUGCCCCCCUCACCCUGCUGACAAGGAUGCUUUUGGCCUGGUUUUUGUGUCCCCACCCGAGCAGAAGUCCUCUGCUGGCCGCUGGACGUUGGGAGCCCCCCGGGGUCAGAGCUGUACAGAAAUCGUGUAUAUUUGAUUCCCCCCCCCAAAAUCCAGCUGCACCCAAGGUCUUGUCCUGUUUCUUCCCUCGGUGCAAGGUUGGGGAUGGCGAGGGGAAGGUGUGAACUCUGGGAAGUGCAAGUUUCCCUCCACAAAGUGGGCUUGGUGCCUCUCUCCUGGUUUAUCCCCAGGCUCUCGUUAGCUGAAUUACCGUGGUGGGAAGCUGAGCCUCGUUUGUUAAGUGAACUCCAGCCCUUUUUUUGUAAUAUGUAGGUGUAUACUUUUUCAGAGAAUUUUAUCUUAUAAUCAAAUGUUAGUUUCAUAGUCCUUACAACCCCCCCCAACCCCCGAUGCUGACAUAUUGUAUAUAAUAUGGAAACAUAACUGCACUUUAUAUCACAAAAAAAGACGUGCUCUUUUUUAAUAUAUUUGUUUACGGACAGUGAACUUUAUCCACAUAAUCAUUAAUUUGUACUCAUAUGUAUAUUUUAAUAAAGUUGUCAUAUUUAUGGUGGUAUCUUGUUUUAUUCUCCAGUUUGUAGUGGAGUGCUGGGAACACUGGAAUUGGGGCUGGGGAUUUGCUGGUGCCCAGGGGAGGCAGAGCAGCUUUAAAUCAGAAGAAUCACAGCUGCUUGGACAGCGAUGCAAGGAAAAGUCCCAACAGUGGGGGAAUUUUGGGAUUUUGGGGGCCCUUUGGGGUUCUGUUUGGAAGCUGCAGCCCUGAAGCUCCUCAGGGCUUUGGGAGCAAAGAGAUUUCACAUGGUGCCAGUAAGAAAAGGGCCUUUCUGAGCUCCCAAGGGGUUAUUGCUCUGUGUUUUUACUGGUGUGGCCCCCAGACACUGAGCCAAAGGCUCUUUAGCAUCCCCCAAACUUCAGUGUGCACCCCAAGGGCUGCUGCAACCCUCCCUCAGCAGCAGGGAGCUCCUGAGCCCUUUGCAAACACCACCCCAAAUUUGCAGAUGCAGGGGCAAAAAAACCCAAAAGCAAACAACAAACCUCAAAACCCAUGUCAAAGUAAUUUAUUUUUUUUUUUUAUUUUUUGACUUUUUCCCUCCCCAAAUCCGAGAUUCCCAAAGUCCUGUACAACAGAUCACCAGGUGAGGGUUAGUGAAAGCCAACCAUUUGCUGAAUUUCCAAGCUACAAGGGAAAGAAACAAGGAAAAAAAGGAGGAAAGGAAGGCUGGUAGGAGAAAUCACGAAAAAUGGGAAGAGAAGGGCUCAAGGCAUGGGAACAAACCCCAGUGAGAACUGUACAUGGGGGCAUGGCCUGAGUGGCUGCAUCCCUCCGGGAUGUGCUGGGCCACAGGGACCAAGCCCGGAAUAUUCAACACGUAGGAAACCAACCCCAGCCCUCCCCACCCCAAAGAGAAACCCCCCCCAAGAAAGUCAAAGAUACUCAUUUGCAAAGACUGACUUGUACUUCAAAAGGUUUCCUGUGGAAUUAAAAGCCCUCGUGGUUGGAAGUAAAACACCCAGCCGGGCUGCAACAGUGUCCGUGAGCCCUGGGGGCUGCUUCUUCCCAGAACAUCUUGAAAAAGGAAAAAUCUCCCUGGAGCACAGCCCUGAGGCCAUCUGAGUCUCUGUGCAGCCAGUCCAUCCUCGCCAGCCAUCCCCAGGUGAUGAUUUUAACCUGAAUAAUGCCCAGUCCAGGAGAAACAGGGAAUUCUGUCACGUGGAGUGUGGUGAGGUUCGGAGGGGAGGAAUGGAGACAGCCAGGAGAAACCAGAGCAGGAGGCCCCUCAGAGCUGCAAUUCCUCUCCUAAAUCUCUGAGUUAGCCCGAGGGCUCCCUUGCAGCACAUAUGGUGCAGAGGGACCAGCUCUGAGCCUGCUGCUCCCCCAGGGCUGUCCCUGCUGCAUCCAGCGUGGGACAGAGCUGGUGCCACUGCCAGGCUGCCCAGCCACGGGAAAUGGCUCAAUGCAAAAUGCAAAUUAGAGGCUUUGAUCAAAUUUAAAAGUGUUUUGAUGCUGUUCUGUUUCUUUUGUGUCUUUUUGUCUUUUAUUUUUGUUUAAAAAAACCUCUCCCAAACAAAUAAAUGUGUGUAAAAAUGUGCAUGCAAGGGGUGGGCACACACAUGGUGACCCCCGUGCCAUGGAGCCCUCAGCCAGUUGUGUGUGGCAUCACUUGGAGCAGGGAUGUGAUUAUCCACAGGGAUGUUCCUCCAUCCCAAGGUGUGCUGUGUGUUAUUUCCAUCACCCAGUAAUGCAGAGGUUUCACAUCCCCAGCCCAGCUCCUCCAGGGGAUCCAUGAGGCCACUCUGGGGGGCUCCAGGGACAGGCCCAGCCACCAUCCUAACCCUGAGGGGAUUGUGCCUGGCUCCUGGGAUUAACCCUGGCUGGAGCAGUGGGAUGGGCUGGGAAUGGUGCAGGGCUCACACCCACAGCCACCCGCACGGCUGCAGCAGGGAGCAGCACAGCACAGGCUGGCAGGAGGGUGGCCGGUGACAGCCUUGCUUUGCUCGAGGACAUUUUGGGGUGGCUGAGUGUAUCCUGGGG